GUGUUGUGUUUUGUGUUGUUGUUUCUAAACGCUAUUUAUUUUGAAUUUUAUUUUUUUUUCAGUGAAUUUAUUAUUUAAUUUUUUUUUGAAUUUAAUUUAUUUGUGAAUUUGUGUCCACAUUAUUGUUAAUUAAUUAAUAAUAUUCAGAUAAUCGCAAACCCAUUGAAAUGGCCCCAAAUAUACAGUCGUCGACAAUUGAACCGGAAAUCGCUGCCGAUAUUACCGUCGAUGGCUCCAAACAAGCGAAACGCGAGUUCAAAGCCCAGAUAGUCUGGCGUAAUGUUGCCAUUAUGACUGGCCUACACUUGGCCGGACUGUACGGCCUCUAUCUGUGUUUUACAGCAGCUCAGUGGCAGACAAUUGUUUGUGCAAUACUACUAUAUAUAAUAUCCGGUCUGGGAAUUACUGCUGGCGCACACCGUCUAUGGUCGCACCGGGCAUAUAAAGCCAAAUUUCCCUUAAGGGUUGUCCUAACCAUAUUCAAUACUAUGGCAUUUCAGAACUCAAUCUACGAAUGGAGUCGCGACCAUCGGGUCCAUCACAAGUACAGCGAAACCGAUGCCGAUCCGCACAACGCCAAUCGGGGUUUCUUUUUUGCCCACUGCGGUUGGCUACUGUGUCGCAAACAUCCCGAUGUCCUCGAGAAAGGCAAGACUGUCAGCUGCGAAGAUCUACUACAGGAUCCGCUCGUCCGGUUUCAGCGAAAGUUUUAUCUACCACUCGUUUUCGUCUUUUGUUUUCUACUGCCAACAGUCUUACCCAACUAUCUGUGGGGCGAAUCGUUUUUCAAUGCCUACUUUGUUUGUGCACUAUUACGCUAUACGUGGACACUGAACAUGACAUGGCUGGUCAACAGUGCCGCCCAUUUCUGGGGCCGUCGACCGUACGACAAGCACAUCUCACCCGCCGAAAAUGCCGUAACAAUUAUCGGUGCUAUCGGUGAAGGUUUUCAUAAUUAUCACCAUACGUUUCCCUGGGACUAUGCCACCUCAGAGCUGGGUCCUAAGUUCAAUCUAACUACCUGUUUCAUCGAUACGUGCGCCUACCUGGGCUGGGCCUACGAUCUGAAAACAGUAUCACCGCAAGUGAUCCGACAGCGAAAAGAGCGGACCGGCGAUACCAAAGACAAGGGUCCCUACGGUUACUAUAAUUAACUUUAAUUUUUUUGUUAAUUAUUUUGUUUUUUUUUGAUAAAUGUAUAGUCGUUUUUAUUUUUGAUAAUUAUUAUUAUAGAAAAAUAUUGUAAUUUUUUUGCUUUAUUUAUUCAUUUUUUUUGUGUCUAUCAAUUUUAUUUGUUUGUUUGAUUUGAUUGAUUGAUUGUUUUAUUUUUUUUCAUUAAUUUAUUUUUUACUUUACUCGCUAUAUAUCUCUGAUCCGAUCCGAUAUAUUGAUAUUAUAUAAUA